CGGAAACCCAACUUUUCCGAGCACGGCAGCUAGAAAAACCAACGGGGACGAAGCUGGAGGGAGCGCCGCUGGCAUGUCCCGGAGGGGAGGAAAAAAGAAUCAAAGAGCAUUUGGCGGCGGGGGUUGGGAGUCCUAACAUGGGAGCUGCGGCUGUGCACAGGGGUGUCCUGAGGGGCGAGGAGGGACCAGCGGAUCCAGGAUCCCCCAAACUGUGGAAUGCGGGGUUACCAGGAGAGAGAGCCGAGAAGUGUCCGAGGAGCCCUAAACCCGAGAAACUUUCUGGUGAAAAGAGAUGCAAACGUGGAACCAACAAGGAACCAAAACCUGUGUCAUCAACAUCAGGCAAGCGUGAAAUCGCAGCCUGCCCUCCAUCUCCUGUUGACGACGAUCCUUCAGCUCUCCCAUCUCCCACCUCCUCCAGUCAGUAACUCUUCUUGCCUGUUCACUCAAUGCCUGUUGAACUGUACGACUGUACUUUUCAAGGCCCGGCUGGAACGAGACCUGAGCAACAAGAAGAUUUACCAAGAGGAGGAGAUGCCUGAGUCGGGCGCCGGCAGCGAGUUCAACAGCAAGCUCCGGGAGGAGGCGCGGAGGAAGAAGUAUGGCAUCGUCCUCGAGGAGUUCCGGCCAGAGGGCCAGCCCUGGCUGCUGCGGGUCAACGGCAAAUCGGGCCGCAGGUUCAAGGGCAUAAAGAAGGGCGGCGUGACAGAAAACACCUCCUACUACAUCUUUACCCAGUGCCCUGAUGGGGCUUUUGAGGCCUUCCCUGUGCACAACUGGUAUAACUUCACGCCGCUGGCCAAGCACCGCACGCUCACGGCCGAGGAGGCCGAGGAGGAGUGGGAGAGGAGAAACAAGGUCCUGAACCACUUCAGCAUCAUGCAGCAGCGGCGACUGAAAGACCAGGACCAGGAUGAGGAGGAUGAGGAGAAGGAGAAGCGCAGCCGCAAGAAGGCCAGCGAGCUGCGCAUCCACGACCUGGAGGACGACCUGGAGAUGUCGUCCGAUGACAGCGAGGCCAGCGGCGAGGAGGGUGGCAGAGCCCCCAAGGCCAAGAAGAAGGCACCGCCCAGCAAGGGGGGCCGGAAAAAGAAGAAGAAGAAGGGCUCAGAUGAUGAGGCCUUUGAGGACAGUGAUGACGGGGACUUCGAGGGCCAGGAGCUGGACUACAUGUCCGACGGCUCCAGCAGCUCCCAGGAUGAGCUGGAGGGCAAGCCCAAGGUCACCCAGCAGGAGGAGGGUCCCAAGGGCGUGGAGGAGCAGAGUGAGAGCAGUGAAGAGAGAGAGGAGGAAAAGCCGCCCGAGGAGGACAAGGAGGAGGAGGAGGAGAAGAAGGCGCCCAGGCCGCAGGAGAAGAAGCGGAGGAAAGACAGCAGCGAGGAGUCCGACAGCUCGGAGGAGAGUGACAUUGACAGCGAAGCCUCCUCGGCACUCUUCAGGGGGAAAAAGAAGACGCCCCCCAAAAGGGAGCGGAAGCCAUCAGGGGGCAGUUCCCGGGGUAACAGCCGACCAGGCACGCCCAGCACUGAGGCGGGCAGUGCUUCUUCCACCCUCCGGGCAGCUGCCAGCAAGCUGGAGCAGGGGAAGCGCCCCAGCGAAACACCAGCAGCCAAGCGGCUACGACUGGACACUGGGCCCCAGAGCUUGUCCGGGAAAUCCACUCCUCAGCCCCAGUCUGGGAAGUCAACCCCCAGCAGCAUCGACGUUCAAGUGACCGAAAACGCUGUGCGCCGCUACCUGACUCGGAAGCCCAUGACCACCAAGGACCUGCGGAAAAAGUUCCAGACCAAGAAGACGGGGCUGAGCAGCGAGCAGACAGUGAAUGUGCUGGCUCAGAUCCUGAAGCGCCUGAACCCUGAGGGCAAGAUGAUCAACGACAAGAUGCAUUUCUCCCUCAAGGAGUGAUGCUGCCCCCAAUAAACAGGCUCUGUUUUCCACAAAAAAA